UUAUUUGACAAUUUGGUGGGAAGAUGAGCAGAGCGCUACGACUUUCUCGUUUUGUCCUACAAUCAGCUGGUGUAUCAGUUAAAUCCAGUGUGGUGAUUUGCCAUGGUUUGCUGGGUUCCAAGAAUAAUUGGAAAAGUAUAUCUAAUGCACUUGCUGGGAAAAACUGUGGAACUAUUGUAGCUGUUGAUUUGCGUAAUCAUGGAAGUAGCCCUCAUUCCGAUGAUAUGAGCUACUUUAAUAUGGCUGAAGACUUACUCAUGGUUGCAGAUGACCUCGAUUUGCGGAGUGUAUGCUUGGUUGGCCACAGUAUGGGCGGCAAAGCUGUUAUGUGCGCAGCUCUAAUGAAACCAGAAAGGUAUGAUAAGUUGGUUGUUAUCGAUAUAUCCACAAAGCCGAAACCUACCAUACAAUCUCUUACACCUAUAAUAGAUCUGAUGUAUUCGGUGGAUUUGAAAACUUUGGGACACAAGAAUAAUGGAAAUUUAUCGAUGGUUCGGAAUUCAUUGAUAAAAGAAUGGGUUACAGCAGUCCCAAAUCCUACAAUGCGUGCGUUUCUUCUAACGAAUCUUGCAGAAAAAAAUGGAGAAAUAUUUUGGAGAGUGAAUCUUGAUGCAAUUAAAAGCUGUUGGAAUGAGAUAAUAGGCUUUCCUACCGAGCUGGAUGGUCGUGUUUUCAAUCAACCUGUGCUGUUUGUUGCAGCAAGUAAUGUAAAGUAUUUAGAACAGUCAGAUGUACCAGCUAUACGCAAGUAUUUUCCUCAGGCAAAAAUUGUCCAGAUAGCUAAUACGGGUCAUUGGGUUCAUUUUGAUGCUCCAAACACUGUGACUAAUAUGAUUGCGUCUUUUAUUCGAGAUGAAUCAUUUGAUCCUACCUCAUUUACAGAUGUAUCAGAGAUCAAAUAACUGUAUAACAGAUGUGCUAUAGUUAUGUAGUCGUCAAGAGAAUGAAUAAAAACUUGUUUCAAUAA